UUGGCUUCUUUUCAUUCUGCUGCCUUGCUGAAGCAUUUCUUUUUGCCGUCUGCCGUCCUUCCUCUUCCACUCUGCCGCCAUGUCUUGCCGGUCCUAUCACGUUUGCUCGGGAGGUGGCGGGGUCCGGAGUUUCAGUUCAUCCUCGGCUGUCAUGCCAAGAAGCGUAAAGCACUAUAGUGUCAGCACGGUCUCCUCUCGGGGGGGCGGUAGCAUGGGCUAUAGAGGCCUGGGGUACUUCGGCAGCCGAAGUCUCAGCGGCUCGGCCUCCGGCAAAUCCCGAAUGGCCGUGGGGAGCUGUCGUUCGGCGCGCUACGGUGUCGGGAGUGCGGGUCUCGCCUAUGGCUAUGGCGGAGCUGGCUUUGGCUACCGAGCGGGCGGCAGCGGGGGGCCGUGUCCACCCCCCAUCACGCCCGUCCACGUCAACCCACACCUCCUGCAGCCCCUCAAAAUCGAGAUCGACCCCAACGUGCAGUCGGUGAAAUAUCAGGAGAAAGAGCAGAUCAAAUGCCUCAACAACAAAUUCGCUUCGUUCAUUGACAAGGUCCGAUUCCUGGAGCAGCAGAACAAGGUGCUGGAGACCAAGUGGAACCUUUUGCGGGAACAAAAAUGCUACCAGAGCAACAUGGAGCCCAUGUUUGACGCUUAUAUCAAUAACAUGAAAAGGCAGCUGGAGACUCUGGGAUUCGACCGAGCUAAGCUGGAGACAGAUCUGAGCAACAUACAGGACGUGUUGGAGGAUUACAAGAGAAAAUAUGAAGAGGAAUGCAGCCGCCGGACAUGUGCUGAGAAUGAGUUUGUCGUACUAAAGAAGGACGUGGACUGUGCCUACAUGAACAAGGCCGAACUGGAAGCCAGGGUGGAUUCCCUCAUCAACGAAAUCGACUUCUUGAGAUGCGUGUAUGAAGAGGAACUUGCUUGCCUCCAAGCAUCCAUUUUGGACACCUCUGUUGUCGUGCAAAUGGACAACAGCCGGGGCCUGAACAUGGAUGACAUUAUCGCGGACGUCAAAGCACAGUACGAGGACAUUGCCAACAGGAGCCGCGCUGAGGCUGAGUCCUGGUACCAGAGCAAGUAUGAGGAGCUGAAGGUCACUGCGAGCAAACACUGUGACAACCUGCAUAGCACAAAGAAUGAGAUCAUGGAGCUGAACCGAGUGAUUCAGAGACUUCAUGGAGAACUGGAAAGCGCAAAAGCCCAUCGAUGCAAGCUGGAAGGAGCCAUCGCAGAGGCUGAAGAGCGAGGAGAGAUGGCUCUCAAAGACGCCAAGUGUAAACUGACUGACCUAGAAGCGGCUCUGAUGAAAGCCAAACAGGACCUGGCUUGUCAGCUGCGGGAGUACCAGGAGCUGAUGAACGUCAAGCUGGCUCUGGAUAUCGAGAUCGCCACCUACCGCAAGCUGCUGGAAGGGGAGGAGAGCAGGCUCUGUGGAGAAGGUGUUUUCCCUGUCAAUGUUUCGGUGUGCAGAUCCCAGGGGGGGCUGGUGUGUGAAAGCGACCCCUGCUUCGGCGGCGGCUUCACAUCCAGCAGCAGAGCACUCCUCAAAACGGGCGGUGUGGUUAGCAGCGGAGGGGUGUGCGAUGCCAGGUUUGGCAGAGGCUUGGGAGAUGUGUGUGCACCAUGCGUCCCUCCCAUUGCGUAUAGCACGGGCAGUGGAAGGAGCUCUACUGUCAAAUAUGUCUCUACCACCAGCUCCUGCAGAACAAAAUGUUAAAUGAGCACUCCGGAGAGGCCUCGCCUUGUGGCGUCCCUGCUCCCAGCACUAAUGUCAUUGGGGGAUUUUAAAGAUGACAGCCCCUUCUGCGUUGCUUGCUGCCUGACGCAUUUUUAAUUUCUGCGCUGGGUGCUGUUCUUAGGCACCUGUGAUUCACAAUGAGGAAUCCAUGCCCUCUGAGUUCGAUUGAGCAGGUCUUAACUAGACCCGCAUAAUCAAGCUCCGGAAGAUUGAUCACGGCAGUGAA